AUUGUGGGAGAAGAAGUAGAGGAGGAGAAAAUAAUCUCCGGUUAGAGCUGCGUCGACGAGAUCUAUCGUCACUCGUCAGGCAUCUCAGAUUUAUUGUUACACUCUUCGCUCAAGUCCGGCGACAUGAGUUCUCCGGGAACCAGUAUGUUCACCAAUUUCACUAAGCUCUGCAAAGGACUUGCUCUGGUGCUUGUGGUGGGACACCUCGUUGUUCAGUUCAUUCCUGCUACCGUCCCAUACCUUGCUCUCAUUCCGGCGAGGACUAUUCCUUUUGCCUGGAACCUUAUUACAAGCGGCUAUUUUGAACUAUCAGUAUAUGGGGUUGUCUUCAGCACCGUUUCUCUCCUCUUUAUGGGAAAGUUCCUGGAACCCGUCUGGGGUUCCAAGGAGUUCCUUAAGUUCAUAUUUGUGGUGAACUUCCUUACGUAUCUCUGUGUCUUCGUUACAGCCAUUGCCUUGUACUACAUAACGAGGCUGGAAAUCUACCUAUAUAUGCCCUUUGCAGGUUUUAAUGGUGUCUUGGCAGGCCUUCUUGUCGGUAUAAAGCAGAUAAUACCUGACCAGGAGGUAUAUCUGAUAAAGAUAAAAGCAAAGUGGUUGCCCUCAAUUGUGCUAGUUUUGUCAAUAGCCUCAAGCUUCUUCACACUAGAUUCAGCAGCAUAUCUUCCCACUUUGAUAUUUGGUACAUAUAUGGGGUGGUUAUACCUCAGGUACCUACAGAGGAGACCAGAAACAAAGCUCAGAGGAGAUCCAAGUGAUGACUUUGCAUUCUCCUCUUUCUUUCCUGAAUUUCUCAGGCCCGUAAUUGACCCCAUAGCAUUAAUCUUUCACCGAAUGCUUUGUGGACGAUCAAAUGUCACCAGUGAAGACCAUGGUUAUGCUACCAGCGGUGCGCCAUUGCCAGGUUCUGAUUCUGUUGAAGCAUCCAGGAGAAGAGAAAGAGGGGCAAGAGCUCUAGAGGAGAGACUAGGAACAGAAAGAUUGGCUCCUGCAAGAAACAAAGAUGAAUUGCAGAGUGAUGCUUUGGAUAGCGUAUAAGUGGAGAUGGCAAGAAGCGUUUUGAAGAAGGUGUGUGGAUUUCUCUUGCUUGUUUCAGGUGGACAGCUUUUUCUUACUUUAUGAGGUUUGGUCAUCAUUAUACCAAAGGAAAAAAAAGUCAGCUUCUCCGUAAAUUGUUAAGACAGCUCUAAAAAAAAAAUAGUAAAUUUCCUUGGGGUAAACCAGUUAGAAACGAUUUCAUUGGACGAGAUAAUAGAAAUUUAUACAUGUUUAACUUCACCAAAGAUGUUUUCUU